GGGACGGGGGCAGCGGAGGCCAGGCCGGCGGGCUGGGGGCCAUGGCGGAGCGGCCGCCUUACAGGGGGCUCCAGAACCGGCCGCGGCUACUGCUGCUGCUCCUGUUCCUCCUCCUCUCUUUGUUCCCUCUCAGCCUGGAGGAGCCGGGGGGCAGCCGCGACGAAGGCCGCGGCCUCGGGGCCCGAGGAGAAGCGGCCAAGGGAUCCGGGGAACAGGGCGUCCAUGGAACCUUAGCUCUUUGUCCCGAGAUUCGUGGAGCCCCAGAGGCUGUUGGCGAUGGCGGUGUCGCCUCCCCCCGGAACCCUACGACCCCGGAGGGACAGCGGCCUGGGAAGGGAGUGAGGACUGGUUCGGGCACUAGAAGCGGUGGCUAUGUCCUCUCAGGGCUCCCCCGGAGUGCCCGGGAGGUCUUGGGUCUGCGCCACAUCGAACAGGGUCCUCAGCCCAGGGAAGGGUCCCCGGGGACAGGCUCCAGGGAGGAGCGGCCAGCAGGACCAGGAUCCGGCCCUUUGCUCUGUUGGGCUCAGGAGGGCAUAUCCUGCGGGAAGCCGGGUGCAGGGCGCUGUCUGGCGUCUGGGGGUCAGUCCCUGGGGCCCUCGGCCUCAGGGCGGGCAGGCCCGCCCCUUGUUGGUAGUCUCUCCGCGGCUCUUCCCUCCAGGCUCCGCUUCCCCAGCGCCUCUCAGGCUUCAGAGCCUGGCCAGACGGUGCAUACAGGCGGCCGGGCGCGGCUGGGGAGCGGCCAGGCCGUGAGCUGCGGCCACGGAGCCUCCCGGCUGCGGCGAGCUGGCGAGCCGGCUUCAGCACCCCGAGCGGCGGGGACAGCUCCCGGGAUCGCUGCCCGGCGCAGGCGCCUCCGCCAGCGCGGCCGGCUCUGCUGCGCGCCCCCCAGCGUUUCCCGUGCCCGAGCCCGACGGGCGGCGAACCGCCACCCUCACUUCCCGCAGUACAAUUACCAGGCCCUGGUGGCGGAGAACCAAGCCCCCGGCACGUCGGUGCUGAGCGUGGCGGCCCAGGACCCGGACGCUGGGGAGGCGGGCAGGCUGAGCUACUCCAUGGCGGCGCUCAUGAACAGCCGCUCCCUGGACCUGUUCCGCAUCGAUGCGGCCAGCGGCCUCAUUAGCACCGCGGAGCCUCUGGACCGCGAGAGCAUGGACCUGCACUACUUCCGAGUGACGGCUCUGGACCACGGCUCUCCGCGCCUGUCUGCCACGACCAUGGUCGCUGUCACGGUGGCGGACCGCAACGAUCACGCCCCCGUUUUCGAGCAGGCGGAAUACCGGGAGACAAUUCGGGAGAACGUGGAGGAGGGGUACCCCAUCCUGCAGCUGCGGGCCACCGACGGCGAUGCGGCCGCCAACGCCAAUAUCCGGUACCGGUUUGUGGACCCCCCUGCGGCGCAGGCCGUCUUUGAGAUUGACCCUCGCUCCGGCCUCAUCACCACCAGCGGGAGGGUGGACCGGGAGCAGAAGGAAAACUAUGAGCUGGCCGUGGAGGCCAGCGACCAGGGCGGGGAGCCGGGCCCGCGCUCGGCCACCGUGCGCGUGCACAUCACCGUCCUAGAUGAGAAUGACAAUGCCCCCCAGUUUAGCGAGAAACGAUACCUGGCCCAAGUAAGGGAGGACGUGCGCCCACAUACGGAGGUGCUGCGGGUUACGGCCACAGACCUCGACAAGGACACGAACGCCCUGGUCCAUUACAAUAUCAUCAGUGGCAAUAGCCGAGGCCACUUUGCCAUCGACAGUCUCACCGGGGAGAUCCAGGUAGUAGCCCCGCUAGACUUUGAAGUAGAGAGAGAGUACGCCUUGAGAAUCCGAGCUCAGGACUCUGGGAGGCCGCCUUUGUCCAACAACACCGGCCUAGCCAGCAUUCAGGUGGUGGACAUCAACGAUCAUGCUCCUAUCUUUGUCAGCACCCCCUUCCAGGUGUCUGUACUAGAAAAUGCCCCUCUGGGCCACUCAGUUAUUCACAUUCAAGCCGUGGAUGCUGACCAUGGGGAGAAUGCCCGGCUGGAAUACAAGCUGACUGGCACGGCCCUGGACACACCCUUUGUAGUCAACAGUGCCACAGGCUGGAUUACAGUAAGUGGGCCCCUGGACCGGGAAUCUGUAGAGCAUUACUUUUUUGGGGUGGAGGCCCUGGACCACGGUUCACCCCCACUUUCUGCCUCAGCUAGUGUUACUAUUACUGUCAUGGAUGUGAAUGACAAUCGACCAGAGUUCACCCAGAAGGAGUAUCACCUCCGGCUGAAUGAGGAUGCAGCUGUGGGUACCAGUGUCCUUAGUGUGACUGCCGUAGAUCGGGAUAUCAACAGUGCUAUCAGCUACCAGAUCACCGGGGGCAAUACCCGGAACCGUUUUGCUAUCAGCACACAGGGAGGUAUGGGACUGGUCACGUUAGCCUUGCCAUUAGACUAUAAGCAGGAGAGGUACUACAAGCUGAUAGUGACCGCUUCAGAUCGUACCCUCCAUGACAACUGCUAUGUGCAUAUCAACAUCACGGAUGCCAAUACUCACCGGCCAGUCUUCCAGAGUGCCCACUAUUCAGUCAGCGUGAAUGAGGACAGGCCUGUGGGCAGCACAGUUGUGGUCAUCAGUGCCACAGAUGAUGACGUGGGUGAAAAUGCUCGAAUCACCUACCUCUUGGAGGACAACCUUCCCCAGUUUCGAAUUGACGUGGACUCUGGAGCCAUUACACUGCAAGCUGAGCUAGACUAUGAGGACCAGGUGACUUAUACACUUGCCAUAACAGCCAAGGACAAUGGUAUCCCCCAGAAGGCUGAUACCACUUAUGUAGAGAUCAUGGUCAAUGAUGUGAAUGACAAUGCCCCCCAAUUUGUGGCCUCUUACUACCCUGGGGUCAUUUCUGAAGAUGCUCCUCCUUUCACCAGUGUGUUGCAGAUCUCAGCCACUGACCGGGAUGCCCAUGCCAAUGGCCGGGUCCAGUACACCUUCCAGAAUGGUGAGGAUGGUGAUGGUGACUUCACUAUUGAGCCUACCUCAGGUAUUGUCCGAACAGUACGGCGGCUAGAUCGGGAGAGUGUUCCUGUGUACGAACUGACUGCCUAUGCCGUGGACCGGGGUGUUCCCCCUCUUAGAACCCCUGUUAACAUUCAAGUGACCGUCCAGGAUGUUAAUGACAAUGCCCCAGUUUUCCCAGCCGAAGAGUUUGAGGUCAGGGUGAAGGAGAACAGCAUAGUAGGUUCAGUAGUGGCCCAGAUUACUGCGAUUGACCCUGAUGAGGGUCCUAAUGCCCAGAUCAUGUACCAGAUUGUAGAGGGUAACAUCCCAGAACUCUUCCAGAUGGACAUCUUCUCCGGGGAGCUGACAACUCUCAUUGACCUGGAUUAUGAGAUGCGACCUGAGUAUGUGAUUGUGGUGCAAGCAACUUCAGCUCCCCUGGUCAGCAGGGCCACCGUCCAUAUCCGUCUCAUUGACCAGAAUGAUAAUAGUCCUGUCCUCAAGAACUUCCAAAUUCUUUUUAAUAACUAUGUAUCCAACCGGUCCAAUACUUUUCCAUCUGGUAUCAUUGGGCGGAUUCCAGCCUAUGACCCUGAUGUCUCCGACCGCCUUUUUUACACCUUUGAGCGAGGCAAUGAACUAGAGCUGCUUGUAGUAAACCAGACAAGUGGGGAACUUCGACUCAGCCGGAAGUUGGAUAAUAAUCGUCCACUGGUGGCUUCCAUGCUUGUGACAGUCACAGAUGGUCUCCACAGCGUGACCGCGCAGUGCGUGUUGCGGGUCACCAUCAUCACGGAAGAUAUGCUGGCCAACAGCCUGACGGUGCGCUUGGAGAACAUGUGGCAGGAGCGCUUCCUGUCCCCGCUCCUGGCCAGCUUCCUGGAGGGGGUGGCCAGCGUGCUGGCCACGCCCAAGGAGGACGUGUUCAUCUUUAACAUCCAAAACGACACGGACGUGGGCGGCUCGGUGCUCAACGUGAGUUUCUCGGCGCUGGCGCCGGGAGGGGGCGCUCCCGGGGCAGGCGGGGGCGGGGGCCCCUUCUUCAGCUCGGAGGAGCUGCAGGAGCAGCUGUACGUGCGCCGGGCUGCCCUGGCGGCCGCCUCGCUCCUCGACGUGCUGCCCUUCGACGACAACGUGUGCCUGCGGGAGCCCUGCGAGAACUACAUGAAGUGCAUCUCCGUGCUGCGCUUCGACUCCUCCGCGCCCUUCCUGGCCUCCGCCUCCACCCUCUUUCGGCCCAUCCACCCCAUCGCCGGCCUGCGCUGCCGCUGCCCCGCGGGCUUCACGGGCGACUACUGCGAGACCGAGAUCAACUUGUGCUACUCCAACCCGUGCCGCCACGGGGGCGCCUGCGCGCGGCGCGAGGGCGGCUACACGUGCAUCUGCCGCCCGCACUUCACAGGUGAGAACUGUGAACUGGAUAGCCGAGCUGGCCGAUGUGUGCCUGGUGUGUGCCGCAAUGGUGGGACUUGCACCAAUACACCUUCUGGUGGCUUCCGUUGCCAAUGCCCAGGGGGCGGGGGCUUCGAGGGGCCCUACUGUGAGGUAGCUGUCCGAUCCUUCCCUCCUAACUCCUUCCUCAUGUUCCGGGGCCUGCGCCAACGAUUUCACCUCACUCUCUCCCUCUCGUUUGCCACAGUUCGGUCCCAUGGGCUCCUCUUCUAUAAUGGCCGCCUCAAUGAGAAACAUGAUUUUCUUGCCCUGGAAAUUGUUGCAGGACAAGUGAGGCUCACCUACUCCACAGGGGAGUCAAGCACGGUAGUGAGCCCCAUAGUGCCCAGUGGUGUGAGUGAUGGACAAUGGCACACAGUGCAGUUGAAAUACUACAACAAGCCCCGGACCAGUGCCCUAGGUGGGGUUCAGGGCCCUUCCAAGGACAAAGUGGCCGUGCUGAGCGUGGAUGAGUGUGACACUCCUGUGGCCCUGCAGUUUGGGGCUGAGAUCAGCAACUACUCAUGCGCAGCUGAGGGUGUUCAGACCAGCUCCAAGAAGUCGCUGGAUCUGACCGGACCCUUGCUCUUAGGGGGUGUCCCCAACCUGCCUGAGAAUUUCCCUGUGUCCCACAAGGAGUUUGUAGGCUGUAUGAGAGAUUUGUUCAUCGAUAGCCGCCGUGUGGAUAUGGCAGCUUUUGUGGCCAACAAUGGCACCAUUCCUGGCUGCCAUGCCAAGCGUGCCUUCUGUGUCUCCAGCCCCUGCCAGAAUGGGGGUACCUGCUCUGAUGGCUGGGCUGGCUUCCGAUGCGAUUGCCCUGUGGGCUUCGGGGGAAAAGACUGUGGGCUUGCCAUGGUCCAUCCCUACCGUUUCCGUGGUAACGGAGCCCUGAGCUGGGACUUUGGGAGUGAAGUGACGAUUUCUGUGCCCUGGUACCUGGGGCUAGCAUUCCGGACACGCACGCCACAUGGAGUCUUGCUGCAGAUUCAGGCUGGACAGCAUAGUUCCCUCCUGUGCCAGCUGGAAAGGGGACUCUUGUCCUUAGUGGUGGACAGGGGCUCUGGCCGAAGCGCCCGCCUUCUGCUGGACCAAGUGACACUCAGUGAUGGGCGAUGGCACGACCUCCGGCUGGAACUACAGGACGGACGAGCCAGCCGGUCUGGACACUAUCUUCUCACAGUCACAGUGGACUUUGGCCUCUUCCAGGACACCAUGACAGUGGGAAGUGAGCUACAUGGGCUAAAGGUGAAGCACCUCCACGUUGGGGGUCUGCUCAAGGCCCAUGAUGUCCAUCGGGGCCUUGAUGGAUGUAUCCAGGGAGUGUGGCUGGGCACCGUGCCAUCAGGGGCCCCAGCCCUCCCUCCACCCAGCAGUAAGAUGAAUGCCGAGCCAGGCUGCAGUGUGCUCAACUCCUGUGCCUCCAAGCCCUGUCCUCUGCAUGCCGACUGCCGGGACGAGUGGCAGACCUUCUCCUGUGUCUGCCACCCAGGUUACUACGGGAAGGCCUGUGUGGAUGCCUGCCACCUGAAUCCCUGUAAGAACAAGGGUUCCUGCCAGCGGCGGGCGGGAGCGCCUCAUGGCUACGCUUGUGAAUGUGAAGACAGCCACUUUGGGCCUCACUGCGAGCACAGAAUGGACCAACAGUGUCCUCGGGGCUGGUGGGGGAGCCCAGCCUGUGGCCCCUGCAACUGUGAUGUCAACAAGGGCUUUGAUCCAGAUUGUAACAAGACCAAUGGGCAGUGUUAUUGUAAGGAGUUCCAUUACCGACCUCGGGGGAGCGAUACCUGCCUCCCCUGUGACUGCUACCCCGUGGGCUCCUCUUCACGCUCCUGCUCCCUGGACAGCGGGCAGUGCCCCUGCCGGCCCGGAGUCAUCGGCCGUCAGUGCAACAGCUGCGACAGCCCCUUCGCUGAGGUCACCGCCAGUGGCUGCCGGGUGCUCUACAAUGGAUGCCCCAAAUCACUGAAAGGUGGCGUGUGGUGGCCACAGACCAAGUUCGGGCUCGUGGCCACAGUGCCUUGCCCCAAAGGUUCCCUGGGUUUGCGGGGAACAGGUGCUGCCAUCCGGCACUGUGACGAGGAGAAGGGGUGGCUGGAGCCAGACCUCUUCAACUGUACCUCCCCUGCCUUCCGGGAACUGGGCCUGCUGCUGGAAGACCUAGAGCGCAACGAGACGGAGCUGGACACCAUCGAGGCCAAGAAGCUGGCCCAGCGGCUUCGUGCGGUAACGGGCCACACCGAGCGCUACUUCGGCAAUGACGUCCACAUCGCUGCCCGUCUUUUGGGUCGGCUCCUGACUUUUGAGAGUCGUCAGCAGGGCUUUGGGCUGACUGCCACACAGGAUGCCCACUUCAAUGAGAAUCUCCUCUGGGCAGGCUCGGCUGUGCUGGCCCCUGAGACCCGACAGCUGUGGGACUCUCCAUGGCCACAAGUGCUGGGUGGGACCCCGGCCCGGGGAGCCAGCGCAGGCCUGGUCGAACAGCUGGAGGAGUACACGGCCACGUUGGCCCAGAACAUGGAGCUUACCUACUUGAACCCCGUGGGUUUGGUGGCGCCUAAUAUUAUGCUCAGCAUUGAUCGAUUGGAAACUCCUGUUCCCAACUUGGGGGGACAUCGCUAUCCUCGUUACCACGGCAGCCUUUUCCGGGGUCAGGAUGCCUGGGAUCCUCAUACCCAUGUGGUGUUGCCCCCUCCAGUGCCCCGGCCCCCGCAGCCAGAAGCUCUGCCCACAGGGGGCAGCAGCGAUGCCAACGAGACGGCAGAGAGUGUGGCAGGCCGUGGGGGACCCCUGGAGGCAGAGCCGGGGCUCACCAUCGUCAUCCUCCUCAUCUACCGAACCCUGGGAGGGCUCCUCCCCGCCCGAUACCAGGCAGAACGCCGGAGUGUUAGGCUCCCCCGGAACCCCGUCAUGAACUCCCCGGUGGUCAGCGUCUCCGUGUUCAAGGAGCGCAGCUUCCUGCAGGGCGUCCUAGAGUCUCCUGUCACCCUGGAGUUCCGCCUGCUGCAGACCGCAAAUCGGAGCAAACCUCUCUGUGUGCAGUGGGAGCGGCCCAGCCCGAGUGACCCGUGGGGCGUGUGGACAGCCCGAGACUGCGAGCUGGUGCACAGGAACGGCACCCACGUGCGCUGUCAGUGUUCCCGACUCGGUACUUUUGGGGUACUCAUGGAUGCCUCCCAUCGAGAGCGCCUGGAAGGUGACCUGGCCCUCCUGGCUGUAGUGACUCACGUGACUGUGUCUGUGACUGUGGCUUCCUUGCUCCUGACUGCGGCUGUCCUGCUCAGCCUGCGAGGCCUCAAGUCCAACACACGUGGGAUCCACGCCAACGUGGCUGCUGCCCUCGGCCUGGCAGAGCUGCUCUUCUUCCUGGGGAUUCACCGCACCCACAACCAGUUCCUGUGCACUGUGAUUGCCAUCGUCCUUCAUUACCUCUUCUUGGGCACCUUCUCCUGGCUCUUUGUGCAGGGUCUGCAUCUCUAUCGCAUGCAGGCAGAGGCUCGAAACGUGGACCUUGGGGCAAUGCGUUUCUACUAUGCCCUGGGCUGGGGUGUUCCGGCCAUCCUUUUGGGCCUUGCAGUAGGCCUGGACCCUGGGGGCUAUGGGAACUCAGACUUCUGUUGGAUUUCCAUCCACGACAAGCUGGUCUGGAGCUUCACUGGUCCUAUCGUCCUAGUCAUCUCGAUGAAUGGGGUCUUGUUCCUGCUGGUGGCGAGAAUGUCCUGCUCCCCUGGACAGAGGGAGGCCAAGAAGAUGUCUGUGCUCUCCUUCCUGCUGCUCCUGCUUAUCAGUGCCUCCUGGCUCUUCGGGCUUCUGGCAGUCAACCACAGUGUCCUGGCCUUCCACUACCUCCACGCCGGCUUCUGCGGCCUUCAGGGCCCGGCUGUGCUGCUGCUGUUCUGUGUCUUGAAUGAGGAGACCCGAGGGGCCUGGGCCUCCGCCUGUCUGGGCAAGAAAGCGGGAACGGAGGAGGCCAGGCCGGCCCCGGGCACGGGCCCCGCAGCUUACAACAACACGGCCCUGUUUGAGGAGAGUGGCCUCAUCCGGAUCACCCUGGGGGCCUCCACGGUGUCCUCUGUCAGCAGUGCACGGUCGGCCAGGACGCAGGACAGUCAGCGGGGCAGAGGCGGCCUCCUCAGGGAGAAUGUUCUGGCAAAACAUGGCUCAACUGCCGACCACACUGACCAGAGCCUCCUGGCCCAUGGUGGGCCCACAGACCUGGAUGUGGCCAUGUUCCAUCGGGAUGCUGGGGGAGGCAUGGACUCAGACUCAGACAGUGAUCUGUCCCUGGAGGAAGAUCGAAGCUUGUCCAUCCCAUCCUCAGAGAGCGAGGAUAAUGUCCGGCCCCGUGGCCGAUUCCAGCACCCUCUUCGGCGGGCGGCCCACAGCGAACGGCUCCUCACUCACCCAGCCAGCAGCACUCCCAAAGAUGUGGAUGGCAAUGACCUCCUAUCCUACUGGCCAGCUCUGGGGGACUGUGAGGUGCACCCCUGCUCCCUGCAGACCUGGGGAUCUGAGCGCCGCCUGGGCCUGGACGCCAGCAAGGAUGCAGCCAACAACAACCAGACCGAGCUGGCGCUGACCAGCGGGGACGAGAACACGAUGGGCCCCACCCAGCUCGGCCAUACCCAGCGGCAGAGGAAAGGUAUUCUGAAGAACCGGUUGCAAUAUCCAUUGGCUCUCCAUGGGCUGCCUUCCACCAGUGCUCGAGGGGCUCCUGAGCUGUCCUGGUACCGGUCCUCUACCUUAGGCCACCGGGCAGUACCAGCUGCCUCCUAUGGCCGCAUUUACUCUGGCACGGGUAGCCUUUCCCAGCCAACUAGUCGCUACUCUUCUCGGGAACAGCUGGAUCUGCUGCUUCGUAGGCAGAUGUCUCGGGAACAACUGGAGGAGGCUGUCCCUCUUCCCAUGUACUCCACUAGCCGCCAUGGCUCCCGGGAACAGUUGGAGAGGGUCUCUAGCUGCCAUAGCUCCCGGGAACACCUGGAGACCAUCCCUAGCCGCCAUGCCUCCCGGGAGCAUCUGGAAACUAUUCCCAGUCGCCAUGGCUCCCGGGAGCAUCUGGAGACCAUUCUCAGUCGCCAUGGCUCCCGGGAACAUCUGGAGAGCUCCAGCAGCCGACAUGGCUCCUGGGAACAUCUAGAAGCCUGUCUUGGUGGCUCUGAGCCAAGGUUCCGGGGUAGUACACUGCCUCGAAGGCAGCCACCCAGGGACCAUCUGGAUGCCCUGGCUACCCGGUUUGGGUCCCGGGAACCCUUAGACUCUGGGGCAUCUCAGGAGUGGCCAAGCCCAUUGCCCCACCUCAGGGGCUCUAGAGACCAGCUCUUGCCUACAAGCCAGAGGUCUCGGGAACAGCUGGAUUGUUUAGCUAGGAGCUCCAACUCUCCAGAACAGCUGGAUGUGAGGCCCUGUCGGCAUCCAUCAAGGGAGAACCUGGAGCCCCUCUCCAGGCGGCUCCCCUCACGGGAGAAUGUGGCAGCUUGUCCAAGCAGGCCCCCUUCCACUGAACAGUUAGACAUUCUCUCUUCCAUUCUGGCCUCCUUCAACUCCUCAGCUCUCUCCUCCUCUGUGCAGUCCUCCAGUACGCCUUCAGGCCCUCACACCACCGCGACGCCUUCUGCCACGGCCUCAGCACCAGGGCACUCCACACCUCGCUCAGCUACAUCCCAUAGUAUCUCAGAGUUGUCACCAGACUCAGAAGUCACCAGAAGUGAGGGCCACUCCUGAGAAGCCAACACUGGCAGAGGGGAGGAGUGAAAGGAGCAGGAGGUGGCUUGGAGCAAGGCACAGACAUCUCCAACACAAGCUUGGGGUCUCUCCCAUCUGUCAGCUCUGGAUUAGCAGAGGAGAGUUUGAGGGUGCCAGGAUCCCUUCCCCCUCUCCUGCUCCAUCUAGACUCCUUUGCUUGUGAGAGAAGGGGCUCCCGUUGGCCCAUCCUGAGCUGGAGCUUCCUUUCUGUAACACUUGGGCACUGCCUGUGCUGGAGUGUGCAUGCUGGUGUGUGUCUGGGGAGGGGCCGGGACCUGGGAGGACUUUUAUAUAUUUUGUACCUUUGUAAUCAGAGAGAAAGAUGUCUAUCCUUAUUUUUAAGCUUUUCUGUCCCAUAGCUUCCCUGGGCUAGUUGGAGCUGGUCCGGUCUGGGAAAAAGUGGUUGGGUUGGGAUAGAGUGAGGAGCUAGCAGGGUCUGUGGUCUCCAUCCAUCCAUCCCUAAGGCUCCUUUGCCCUUUCAGCAUUUAGCCCCUUCUUUUUGCCGCCUGGUGCCACAUGAUCCUUUCUUCAGCCCCAUCAGUCUUUCCUUUUCCCAUCACCUCUUGUUAUGUCCUCCACAUUACCUUACUUCCCAAGCUCCAUCUUGCUAUAGGAUCAUUAUGGAACUGGGAAGGAUUUUAUUGACCACCUAAUCCCAUCUCCUUAUUUUAUUGAGAGGGAAAGUGAUUUGCUUCAGAUCACACAGUUUGGCUAUAGAGUGUCAGAAUCAGGAUUUGAACCCCCAACUUGUGACUAUAAAUCCAGAGCUCUUUCCAUUAUAGUCCUCCUCUCUUGCUCCCUCUUUUGCUGCCCUAGAGGGGUGGUUCUUUGGGAUCUCCCCUGGAGGGUGGCCCCCCCUGCAAAGGAAGCCUCCCCUUCAGCCCCUUUUCUCUUUGGAGAGGCUGGUGGGGAUGAGGUGUCUGACCUCUCUCUCUCUCCCUUUCCUCACGUGUGCUUUGUUGUUCAUAAGAUUUUUUGAACAGUAACUUCCUAUUUUGUUUUCUUCUCUAGUGGCCCGAGACCCAAAUUCCUCCUGGGGGGAUUAUACCCAGACCUUUAGAGCUUGCUCUUUCCCAGAACAGAGAUUGAGGGGGAUAGUUCCUCUCUGGGCUGGGGACAUGCCUCAGGCCUUUCUUGCAACUGAGCCUGGUAGGACUGGAAAGAACUUUUCUCCCUGCCCCAAGAUCUUACUUCCAGACCAUCAGGUUAAGGGGGAGUGGGUCCCUAGACUCAGCCUGUGGAGAAGGUGAUAAACACAGACCGCUCCCCAGGCCCUGUCCUAAGCUACAUGUAUGUAUGUAUUGUGGAGUCACCCUAACCCCCAUCCCCACCAUUUACUGCCUUAUAAUCCUCCGGGCCCAAGCGGAGUUUAAUAUUUACUCAAGCAGCAGACAUAAUGUUUACAGAGUGAAGCUUGCCUUCCUCGAUUGCUGGGGGGAGGUGGGGGGGAAGGGCUCUGCCCCCCCUAGGGGAGGGGGUGCCAGGCCUUUAUUCCUAUACAUUCCAUGGUGUUCUCCUGUCCUCCAGGAUGGCCCAAGCUGGGAGAGACCCCUACACUCUGAAACUAGGGGGCGUUAGUAGUUCUUCCUUCCCCUCUUUGAGGGGAGGGAAAGGAUAAACAGCCUGAGAUGAGGGGGUUUGAUUUUCUCCUUCCCCUCCAUCCUCCCCUCUGUCAGACUGUUUAUGGUUAGAUGGGGUACAAACUGGGGGCAACUAUGUUUACAGGAACUCCCUCAGACUUAGCCCUCUGGGGCUCAGUUCUUCCUGUUUCCUAUAUUUUCUUAAAAAGAAGAUACACACUUGUUAGAACUUCUUUCAAAAACUGGUUUUUGUUUUGUUUACAAUAUGAAAUUUUAGACUUUGGUGCUUUGUUUACAUUUUGGAACUAUGGGUUUUUGUUUACAGUUUGGAACUUGAAAUUUUGUUACUUUGUUUACUGUUAAGCUUUUGGGAUUUUGUUACUUUGUUUACAAUCUAGAAUUUUGGGCUUCAAGUUACUUUGUUUACAGUUGACUGAGGGAGGGAGGGAAGGAUUGAGAAAAACAGUGUGGGGAUUCAAGCUGGGGGCUCAGCACUCGCCCUUUCCCUCAAAUGUCUGUCAGCCCCAAAUUAGUUCAUUCUCUUCUGCCUUCAUACCCCACUGAAAAGGCCCCAGUGCUUUGUACCCCUCGCUGGUGGGGAACAGGGUGUCUGUCUUUAGUGGAAGAAGGCUCUCUCUCCCUCUCUUACUUGAGCAGGACAUGUGGAAUUGGGGGAGGGGGAUACCAUUUGCCAAGGAGAUUAAAAGUUCCAUCACCUAUGAGUGCCAAAUCCCCCUUCCAGCCACAUUCUUGGUCACCCAUUCACCUCACCUUUGUGCCAGCCCCUUGCUGAUUGUGUCCCAGGUUGGAGUGGGGAACCAGGGCCGAGUGAGCCCUAGGAGAAAGGAUGAUUCAGAGCUGGAAAGGACUUAGUGAUCAUGGAGUACAACGGUCUGGUUUUAUGAAGGGGGCAGGGAGGGGAAACAUUCAGAUGGUUAAGUGAUCUCCAAGAUCACAGUUAGUAAGUGGCAGAGUUGGGGCUCAAAUCCUGAGUCCUCAUUCUUUCCACUAUACAUCCUGCCCUCUCUAUUGUCCUUCCCUGUCUCUGAUUGUGCAGACAGCCACAGAAGGGGGAGGCUGUUUCCCUCUCCUGCUCCCCCAGCAACCACUUCCCUGUAUGUAUAAAUUGUGAAAGCCCGGGGAGGGGGUUGGGAAUAAACUUCUAUAGAAAACAGCUUCAGCCUCCAUCUGUCCAGAGGAGAGGAAAGGGGAGGGAGUGGGGUGGGUAAGGGUGCUGGGGGAUUUCUUACCAUAAUGUUAAGUCCUGGAGCAGCCCAAGGUGUUUAAGGACAGAGGUGACCUACCUUCAGGGAUAGAUGUACUUGAAGUUGAACUUCCCUUCUAAAGCAAUCCUGAACUAUUUUUAUCUUCAUUACUUCUGUCAUCCUUACCCUGGAAAAACUCUGUCCAGGCUCCAGCUAAUAGCUCCUGGGUUGGAUUUACCCUUAAAUCGAUCAUAUCUGAUAAUGUAAUCUCUGCUACUUUUCUUCAUUUACACCUCUAAUCUUUGGGUAAUAGAUUAACAACUAGAGGAGACUUUAGAGAUUUCUAGCCUAAACUCUCACUGCACGGGGGAAGAAUCAAAAGCCCAAAUUAGCUGAAUUAUGCAAUGUCCCAACUAGUCUAGCUGCAGAACUAAAACUCAAAUCCAGGUGAUUUGACCAAAUGUAAUGCUCUUUUCACCAGGUAAAAGCAUUAGAAAAUUUGUUCAUCGGAUUUGUAGAUGAUCAAAAGCUGAGAGGUAAAUUUGGAAUUGUGGAAUCAGUCUUGCAGAGAGAAGACGAGGCUUCAAGAGAAUUUCCUCUGAUUCCCGAAUGUUAUAGAUUGGGAACUGAGAGAGGACAAGCUGAGUUAGUGACAGUGUCAAGAUUAGAAUCCAGAUCUGACUCCAGGGUUCUUUGCAGUGUGACAUUCAGAACCAUGGCCUAGUGAAUAAACAGGGUGAUAUAGGAUACCAGCAUUGAAAUCCAAAAACAUCACAACAGGCUAGAACGGUGGGCUGAACCAAAGAAAAUUAUAUUUAAUUGGAAUAAAUGGAAAUUAUGUUUAGCAUUUUUAAAAAUCAGUUUUAUAAAACUUAGGUAGCAGCUAGAAAUUAUUUCAUGUGAUAAGAUUUGGGAGUUUUAGUAAAGUAAUCCCUAUGUGUAACAUAAAGGGCACAAUUCAGGAACCUUUAAACUUCUCCUUGCCCCUAUUUGAUAGAGUCUGGAAAUGUCAGUAACACUUCUCCACUGA